AUGUCCUGCUCGAGGUACUCACCGCGAAGCUUCAACUCCGUCCUCCGACAUGCGCACUACGACAAGAUAUUGCCCUAUGAGCAAGGCAGCCGAAUUCAGGAGCAACUAGUCUCGGAAAUGCUUGAGAAUAAAAAGAACAAGAUACCAAAUGAAAAACCUACGGUCCUGUCUUUCCAAUUCCAGCACACGUACACAGGAGGCAAACGUGAACGGAUCAAUACAACUGCCGAGCGCCGACAAUUUAUAGAGGCCAUAAAAAAUGCUAAAUUCGUACAGACAUCCAGGGGAGGCCAGAUUACAUACCAUGGUCCGGGACAACUGGUAAUAUAUCCUAUACUAGACUUGAGCGAGUUCAAGGGUCUUAAAUCAAAAUGCUAUGUAUCCUUACUCGAACAAUGCGCAAUAGAAACUUUGAGAGAACUUUGGGUGGGCCUUAAUGCGGUGACAACCGAGAACACGGGAGUCUGGGUUGAUAAUAACGGGUUGCGGAAAAUCGCCUCCAUAGGAGUCAAUUUGCGACGAUCGAUAACAUCUCAUGGAAUAUCAAUCAAUGCAUUUCCAGAUAUGACAUAUGUAAACGAUCCGAGAAUAAAACACUGGCUCAUUCAUUUGUGA